AUGUCCCAGACAUGCGACGUUUGUCUCGACUUGAAGUAUUCCGCUCAACGUGCGGGCAACGGCGGGGGUCCUGGUAACUCGGAUGUUAACGUGAGAUACUUGAGGGACUUUGUGGCCUCACGCGGAUGCCGUGUGUGUCUGUUUAUCUUGGAAUGUCUCCGAUAUUUUGAGUUUGAGCUUGCGUCCGGCGACUUUGUCAUGCUCUUCCAGAUCUAUACACCUUCAGGACAACCACCUGCGUGGCAAGGCAUCGUGACCGGCCGCGAUCUCAGCACCCAUCCGGACUCGCAGGCAGCAGACGAUUUCAUCGAGUCAUGCCUUGCAAAGUGCGAGCAACAUCCAACAUGCAGACCGACCUCCACUUACGUCCCAACGCGUCUGAUCGACGUGGGCGUACCUGGAAACACCGAGGUUCGAGUGGUCGAGACGGUACCCUCCUCUCAAGACCGCUAUGUUGCUCUCAGUUACUGCUGGGGAGGUCUCGAAACCAUCAAGACGACAGCUUCCAAUUACGGAGCCAUGAAACAAGGCAUAUCAAUUUCAGAUCUCCCACAGACGAUCCGAGACGCCAUCACCGUGACCCGCAAGCUGAAAGUCCAAUACGUAUGGAUAGAUGCACUGUGCAUUAUCCAAGACUCGGCGUCUGAUUGGGAAAUCGAGUCCAGCAGCAUGGCAUCUGUCUACCGCAACGCCUAUCUGACCAUUUCAGCCGCCACCGCGGCAUGCGUCACGGAAGGGUUCCUUCAACACGAGCACUUUGCCGCUGGGCAGAAACCUCCCCUGAUUAUUGAAUGGGAGACCUCGACCGGCCAGCGCACGCUUUUGGGUGCAAGGAUGGUCCCUGCCGAGACAACAAACACGCUUGAUUUGAUGGACGAUGACACGCCGCCGUUAUGGCUCCGGGGCUGGACCCUGCAGGAGAGUAACCUCUCGACGAGGGUGCUCGGCUACCACCAAGAGGAACUGUGGUGGUCCUGUCUGGGAGGGUCCGCAUGCGAAUGCGGGAUGCUUGACCGGGUCCGCGAUAAAAGCAAGAUCUUUUCUUUCUGGCCGUUCUACUCCAUCACAGACUCGCAAGAGGCAUACAAGGACUGGCACGAGGUGGUCGCCGAGUUUACCACUCGGGUGCUGACUAUUAAGUCCGACAAACUGCCGGCAAUAUCGGGUAUCGCCCAGGUCGUCCAAGGUAUUACCAAGUCUAGGUAUAUCGCUGGCGUUUGGUUGGAUAAUCUCGUAGCUGAUCUUAGUUGGCAAGCGUGCAUGGAGAAUGACAACAUCGAGGCCAACCACACGGUGAUUCCCCUUGUCAACUACGGCGCUCCCACGUUCUCCUGGGCGUCAAUUGAGCAUAGAAUCUUCUAUAGUCCUGGGUGGGUUUCGGCACGCUCAUGCACGGUUCUCGACGCGGAUUGCAAGGUAGCAGGUCAAAACCUACUGGGCCCCAUAGACAGUGCGCAUGUGACGUUACGAGGGCUUCUACUUGAAACGACACUGGAAAUUGGACCCGGCCUUAUAGAUCCAGACAAAAAGACAUAUGUCGUCGUUCAUGGCUCCAAAAGGCUCCGACCCGAAGCCGAUAUGGCACUGGAGACUUUCGAGUUCACCAACGAGAAUGGUGUCGUGGAAAGGUCCGUACGUCGAUCACUGCCAGGGUCAUCGACGAAACAGGCCGAGUCCGGGACACCGGUCUUCCUAUUCUAUAUUGGGUACCACUGUGUUGGUCGUAUCAGGAAAGGGGGGAAUCGCCAACGGGUGGAUCACGCUUACCUCCUUCUAGGGAAGUCGCCGAGAGAUUCGACCAAGUACGAGCGGAUUGGGAUCGUUACUGAGGGUUUUCGAAUGGAGGUUGGAGCUCCAGAGGCAUCCGAAUGUUCCGAGGCUUUGGAGGAUUUCUCGGAAGCAAUUGUCACUAUAUUGUAG